AGGAUAUGGCCAGCAAGGAUAUGGCCAGCAAGGAUAUGGUCAGCAAGGAUAUGGACAACAAGAGUACGGGCAACAAGGAUACGGGCAGCAAGGGUACGGACAACCUAGCAAUCCUCAAUACGGCAACGCAUAUGGCUCCGGCCCUGGAGAUCGGUACGGCGAACGCCAGAACGAAGGACCUUAUCAGUCCGGUCCCCCGAAUGCCGGCCCGGGAGAAGACGGAGACCGCGGUCUGAUGGGAGGACUUGCUGGUGCUGCCGCCGGCGCUUAUGGUGGACAUAAAAUGGGCCAUGGAAUCAUCGGAGCUAUCGGUGGCGCUAUAGCUGGUCACAAGCUGGAGGACUUCGUCCAUGAUCGCAAGGAAAAGAAGGAAGAAGAAAAGCUACAUCAACAGCUUUCAUCACCGCCGCCUGCUUAUUCGGAUUCUCACAACCAUGGUCGUCACGGAGGAAGUCAUUCUCCAAGCCGAGACAGAUCGAUUGGAAACUAUGCCGGCAACUUUUCCGCUUCGUCGCAUGAUAUCCAUCUCGAAGGAGACUACGACCUUCGCGCAACCUGCUCACGUCGAGAAGGAGGAAGCCACGUAAGCAUCAUAAACCUCAACGAAAUUCUUAGCAAUGACGACGGUCAUUUCCGCUGGGCAAGUGGAGGGUCUGGUUCCAACACCAUCACGGUACAGCAGGGUGAUACCUUGAGAGAGAUUGCCCGACGGUGCAACUGUAGCUUCGAGGAUAUCGCUAGGAAGAAUAACAUCUCCAACCCAGACAUGAUCUACCCGGGACAAACCCUGCAAGUGCCGGGCCGGUCAACCGGAAACUUUAGCGCUUCGGCUCGGGACAUCCAUCUCGUCGACGGCGGACGGGUCCUGGAGGCGGAAUUAGUGGAUACUAGAGGCCAGUGGCAUCGACGUCGGAUUGAUUUGGACGAGCGCAUCGGAAACUCGGAUGGACACUUGCGCUUCGUCUAAGAGGCAUGACUGAGCUGGAAGACUUAUAAUGAAGAAAAAUUAGUAUGGGUCUAGUAUGAGAAUGAAACUCUUUAGACAGCCAGCGAAUUUACUGCUAUUAAUAAUUAAUCGUUGGUGAUAUCUCUUAUGAUGGAUAUGAUUCAAUGGAAACCCCUCUUUCGACCCCUGGCAGCCCCUUUUUGUGAAAUAGCUUUAGUCCAUCUUACGCCAGUCAUCGCAACGGCAAUUAGGGGCGAUCCCUUUGGGAGUAGUCUUUGAUUAGAAACAAAUAUAAGUGCCUAAUUAAUAAUGAAUAUUAGAUUAUAUACAUACCUCCUAGAUAGUCACUGAAUAACUCCUCGCCAAGACUAA